GUCUUACUUGACUUCCUCUGCCUUGUCAGUUUGACUGUGAAUCACUUGGAUUCUCCUCACCGAAAAGCAUAUGAAGUGCAGGAUAAGGGAAACGUUACAUCCAUAUCAAGCGUCUGGACCCUCUGACCAGGAGAAACAGAGCUCAAGAGCACCGUCUCCUGGCAGGAAACAUCUAGGGAUUCUAGUGGAUUACAGUGUAUCAACUUCCUCUAAUCCCUCCCUUUAUUUAAGAAGCUCAGACAUUUUUUGUGUAUCUUUUUGUACUUGGGAAAAUUCUUCACAGCUCCAACUGUGAAAAGAAUGUCAACAAAAAUGACUUUGUAGCCACUGACUGCAAUAGAAGAAAAGCAAAAAAAAUGGAGGCUGCAAGAUCUGCUCAUGCAGGGACUCCCCCCGCUACACCCAUAUUCCCCACCUCACCUACUCCCUCCUCUCCCGGCUACUUGCAGUUCUUCUGGGAGUACCAGGACAAUUCUGUCCUUGUGGAGCAUUACAACUACACCGGUAAGCUGCAGAAAGAUCGCUACCGCGAAGGACUCAAACCUGAGAACAUUGCGUUCCUGGUGGUGUGUCUCCUCAUUGUCUUGGAGAACGCUGUGGUUCUUAUCGCCAUUUGGAGGAACAAGAAGUUCCACCUGCCCAUGUAUUACCUGCUGGGAAACCUGACCCUGUCUGAUCUUCUGGCUGGGAUUACGUAUAUGGCCAACAUCAUCAUGUCCGGAGCUAAUACUUUAAAACUGACGCCGUUGCUAUGGUUCCUCAGAGAGGGUGGGGUUUUCAUCACCCUCGCAGCCUCUAUUAUUAGUCUGCUUGCCAUUGCAAUUGAACGCCAUGUUACUAUGGUGACUAUGAGGCCAUACCAUGGGGCAAAGCGGGGACGGAUGUUGGCAUUGAUUGGUGCAAGUUGGGCCCUGGCAGGGUUUUUGGGGGUCCUCCCAAUUUUGGGGUGGAAUUGCAUCAAGAGACUGGACCAGUGCUCAACAGUUCUCCCGCUUUAUGCCAAGAGCUACAUCCUCUGCUGCGUGUCUGUGUUCAGUGCUGUGCUCCUGGCCAUUGUGGUCCUUUACGCCAGAGUUUUUCGCAUUGUCCGCACCAACACACAGCGGCAGCGGCUGGGCUUGUCAGGUAGCAUGAGGAAGGGCUUAGCGAGGAAGUCACAGAAGUACAUCGCCCUCCUCAAGACAGUCACCAUUGUGCUGGGCGUCUUCAUCGUCUGUUGGCUACCCCUCUUUGUCCUCCUCCUCCUGGAUUUUUUCUGCCCCACCCGCAGUUGUCGCCUGCUCUACAAGGCUGAUUAUUUCCUGGGAGUAGCUAUGGUCAACUCUCUCCUCAACCCCAUCAUUUAUACUCUGACCAGUAAGGACAUGAGGAGAGCUAUUCUUAGGCUGCUCUGUCGGCCGUGUCUGAUGACCAGAGAUGGCCAGGUGAAGAAGAUAGGGAUGCCAUUCCUGGAGUGCAGUUUCAGUAAAACUGAAGUGGCAUCCCAGAAGUUAGAGGGGGGACCGGAGACGACCAUUUCCUCUGGGAACAUUAUCACCACCCCAUCGCCUAUUAAAGCCCUUUACCCCAAACUCUUCAAGACAUAAGGACUUAGACUGAAUAAUUGAGUCCAUAAGUGUUUGAAUGGGCUUCGCACUAAACAGAGGACAUCUUCUCAAGAAAAAAAGUUGUGGUUUACUCCAAUUUGGAGCAUUGCGAGGAACAAAGGAUAUAUGAAAUAUUUAAGGCACAAGAGAAUCACGUUUAGAUAGAUCACCAUGACAAUUUAGAAGUAGUGCUGAACUUCAUUGUGAGAU